CCCAGCCAUGGGUCCCCCUUCCAGCUCCGGCUUCUACGUGAGCCGCGCGGUUGUCGUGCUCCUGGCCGGGCUGGCGGCCGCGCUCCUGCUGGCGCUGGCCGUGCUCGCCGCCCUGUACGGCCGCUGCGCGCGAGUCCCGCCGUCGGAGCUUCUCCACCGCGGGGUCCCGGGCGCCGCGCCCUCCCGGCCCGGCACGCAGGAGGAGCCGCGGCCCACCGGGCACACCCGCCCGACCCGUGAGCCGGCGGGGACGACCACCCCGGGCAACGGGCGCCCUCCGGGACCCUGGGACCAGCUUCGCCUGCCGCCUUGGCUCGUGCCACUGCACUACGAGCUGGAGCUGUGGCCCCGGCUGCGGCCGAACGAGUCCUGGGCUCCGACGUUGACCUUCACCGGCCGCGUGAACAUCACGGUGCGCUGCACCGUGGCCACCGCGCGGCUGCUGCUGCACAGCCUCUUCCUGGAGUGUGAGAGCGCCGAGGUGCGGGGUCCUCUCUCCUCCGGCACCGGGGACCGCACGGCGGGCCGCGUGCCCGUGGACGACGUGUGGGUCGCGUUCGACACGCAGUACCUGGUGCUGGAGCUCGGCGGCGCUCUGCAGCCCGGGGGCCGGUAUGAGCUGCAGCUCAGCUUCUCUGGCCUGGUGUACCAGGAUCUCAGGGAGGGACUCUUCUUCAACGUCUACACGGACCAGGGGGAGCGCAGGGCCCUGUUAGCGUCUCAGAUGGAACCCACAUUUGCCAGGAGUGUGUUUCCUUGUUUUGAUGAGCCAGCUCUAAAGGCAACUUUUAAUAUUACAAUUAUUCAUCACCCAAGCUAUGUGGCCCUUUCCAACAUGCCAAAACUAGGUCAGUCUGCAAGGAGAGACGCGAAUGGAAGCACGUGGACAGUCACCAAGUUUUCCACCACGCCCCACAUGCCGACUUACUUAGUGGCCUUGGCCGUAUGUGACUAUGCCCACGUGGACAGAACCGAAAGGGGCAAGGAGAUACGCAUCUGGGCCCGGAAAGACGCCAUCGCGAACGGAAAUGCAGACUUUGCUUUGAACCUCACAGGUCCCAUCUUCUCUUUUCUGGAAGAUUUAUUUAAUAUUAGUUACCCUCUUCCCAAAACAGAUAUAAUUGCCUUGCCUACUUUUGACAACAGUGCAAUGGAAAAUUGGGGACUAUUGAUAUUCGAUGAGUCAUUAUUGCUGAUGCAACCAAAUGAUCAAGUAACAGACAAAAAGGCUGUGAUCUCCUUCAUUCUCUCCCAUGAGAUCGGACAUCAGUGGUUUGGAAAUUUGGUUACCAUGAAUUGGUGGAACGAUAUCUGGCUCAAAGAGGGUUUUGCAUCUUAUUUUGAAUUUGCAGUAAUUAACUACUUCAAUCCUAAAUUCCCAAGAAAUGAGAUCUUUUUUUCUAACAUUUUACAUAAUGUCCUCAGUGAAGAUCACGCCCUGGUGUCUAGAGCUGUGUCCUUGAAGGUAGAAAAUUUCACAGAAACCAGUGAAAUAAAUGAGCUCUUUGACUUAUUUACUUACAACAAGGGAGCAUCUUUGGCCCGAAUGCUUUCUAGCUUCCUGAAUGAGAAUUUAUUUCUCAGUGCACUCAAGUCAUAUUUGAAGACAUUUUCUUACUCAAAUGCUGAGCAAGAUGAUUUAUGGAGGCAUUUUCAAAUGGUCAUCGAUGACCAGAAUAAAAUUCUUUUGCCAGCGACAGUAAAAAGCAUAAUGGACAGUUGGACCCACCAGAGUGGUUUUCCAGUUAUCACCUUAAAUGUAUCCACUGGUGCCAUCAAACAAGAGCCAUUUUAUCUUGGAAAGGUUAAAAAUGAGACUCUCCUAGCCCACAAUGACACAUGGAUUGUACCUAUUCUUUGGAUAAAAAAUGGAAUUACACGGUCUCUAGUCUGGCUAGAUAAAAGCAGCAAAAUAUUCCCCGAAAUGCAAGUUUCAGCUUAUGAUCAUGACUGGGUGAUUCUAAAUUUGAAUAUGACUGGAUAUUACAGAGUUAACUAUGAUACAUUAGGUUGGAAGAAGCUAAAUCAACAGCUUGAAAAAGAUCCUAAGGCCAUUCCUGUUAUCCACAGGCUGCAGCUGAUUGACGAUGCCUUUUCCUUGUCUAAAAACAAUUAUAUUGAGAUUGAAACAGCCCUUGAUUUAACCAAGUACCUUGCUGAAGAAGAUGAAAUCAUAGUAUGGUACGCGGUCUUGGUGAACCUGGUAACCAAGGAUCUUGUUUUUGAUGCGAACAGCUAUGAUAUGUACCCAUUAUUAAAGAAGUAUCUGUUAAAGAGACUUAUCUCGAUAUGGAAUAUGUAUUCAACUGUCAUUCGUGAAAACGUGGCCGUGUUACAAGAUGACUAUUUAGCCCUAGUAGCCCUGGAAAAACUUUUUGAAACUGCAUGCUGGUUGGGCCUUGAAGACUGUCUUCAGCUGUCAAGAGAACUCUUCAAAAACUGGGUGAACCAUCCAGAGAAUGAAAUACCUUCUCCGAUUAAAAGUGUAAUUUUAUGCUAUGGCGUCGCCUUGGGAAGUGAGGAAGAAUGGGACUUUCUGUUAAAUACGUACGCUAAUAAAACAAAGGAAGAAGAAAGGAUUCAACUCACUUAUGCAAUGAGCUGCAGUAAAGACCCAUGGAUACUUAACAGAUAUAUGGAGUACGCCAUUACUGCAUCGCCUUUCGCUUUUAAUGAAACAAAUAUCGUUGAGGUUGUGGCAGCAUCUGAAGUGGGCCGGUACAUUGCAAAGGACUUUCUAGUCGACAACUGGCAAGCUGUGAGUGAAAGGUACGGAACACAAUCGCUGGUUACUCUCAUGUAUAUAAUAGGGAGAACCAUAAGUACAGACUUGCAGAUCACAGAGCUGCAGCAGUUUUUUGGCAACAUGUUGGAAGAGCACCAGAGGCUCACAGUCCACGCGAAAUUACAGACAAUAAAGAAGAAAAAUCUGGAAAACAGAACACGCAAUGCCAGGAUGAUGGCAUGGCUACGGAGGAACACAUAA